AUGUCCCUCCAGAACUACAAGUGGGCAACAAGCGUGGGAGCUCCAGCUAACCGACAGAGCCCUCCUCUACGAUUGCUAUGGCACUCUCAUCAACUGGGAGCAGGGCAUGGUCAACAACGCCUCGGCCCUCUUCACCCAAGAGGGCCCUUCGGGCCCUCUGUCACGUGGCAAGUUCUUCUCAACCUUCGGUCCCCACGAGACGCGCAUCCAAACCAAGAACCCAACCAUGCUCUACCCCGAGGUGUGAGUGCCGGGAGUUUGGAGAAGAGAGAGCUGACAUUCAGUCUCCAGCAUGCCUACCUCGCCACCGCCAAGGACCUUGAUCUAAAGGCUACUGAGGAGGAAGCCAUUGAGUUUGGCAAGUCGGUUGGAACCUGGCCUGCAUUCCCCGACUCAGCUGAAUCGCUUGCGCGCCUCAACCGGAUGGGCCUCAAGCAAGUCAUCCUGAGCAACGUCAACAACGACAGCUUUGACCUUUCCAGGCAGAAGCUCGAGAAGGACUUCAAAUUUGACGCCGUCUACACUGCCGAGAAGAUCGGAUCGUACAAGCCCCAGCUCCGCAACUUUGACUACGCUAUUCAGCACAUCAAGGACGAGUUUGGCAUUGGCCCUGAACAGAUUCUGGUCGUCGCCAACUCGAAGCUGCACGACGUCCUGCCUGGCCACAAGAAGGGCCUCAAGGCGGCCUGGAUCUCGCGCACCACCACCAAGCCUGUCAUGGGCGUGUCCAACUUCUCGAGCGUUCAGCCCGACUGGACGUUUUUUAAAAUGGCUGACUUUGCGGAUGAGAUGGCCAAGUUUAACCCUUGA